CGAACCCACCACAUCACAGAGGGCAAGCCGGCGAAGUUUGAAGAGCGACGGCCGACGACUGAAGCAAUAAUGGCCGCUCCUCUAUGCUCUUCCGUUUCCGUGUCUCUCAUGCUGCUACUGCUAGUGCUCUCGGCCUCGGCCUCGGCGGCGUCCGCCGCGGACGGGAAGCUGAUCCACCUCCACUUCUACUUCCACGAGGUCGACGCCGGCACGCCCAACGCCACCGUGGUCAACGUCGCCAGCCUGCACAAGAACGCCUCGACGUUCGGUGACCUGAACGUGUUCGACAACGCGCUGCGGGAGGGGGCGGACCCGGCGUCGCGGCUCAUCGGCAGGGCGCAGGGGAUCGGGGUGCACGCGUCGCUGGACGAAUCCGGCGGCCUCACCGCCAUCGACUUUGCCUUCUCCGACUACGGCGAGUACAGCGGCAGCACGCUGGCGACGACGGGACACUUCACCGUGUCAGCCCCAUCGGAGCGCAGCAUCGUCGGCGGCACCGGCAAGCUCCGGUUCGCGCGCGGGUACCUCACCAGCAGGCUCCUCAGCUCCACGGACACCUCCAUCGUCGUCGUCUUCGACAUCAGAAAGGAUUCCUGCUUCCACAUGCGUCCACGUCGGCAAAAAUAUCCUUGGCCGUUCGAUCGUUGGCCAAUGCUGGAUGUGUCGGCACCGCGAGCAUUCUAGAGUUCCUCGGCCCCGUCGUCGUCGCUUCUUCCCCUCCCCCACCAGCACUCCCCAUCGUCCUCCAUCUGCCGCCUGCUCCUCCGCGCGGCCACGCGGAAGCCGCGCAGGAUGGCGCGCACCGCGGCGCAGUCCGCGAACGUGCGCCGCACCCCGCGCAGCGACGUCGUGUACAGCACCACCGCCUGCGGCCGGGGCGCACGCGGCUCGUCCGCGAGCUGAUGCUGCUGGUGCUGCCGUCGCCACCUGGACGCGGCCGCCGGCCGGUGCCCCGGGUGGUGGUGGUACGUCAGCGACCGCGCCAGCUGGAACGGCCUCUUGCCGCCGCCGCCGCAAUCAUCCAUCUCACGCGCCGACGCAGCAGCAGCGGCCGGCCGUGCCGCCGCGGGAGAAGGCGAAUCCAGGCUGUGGCGGUUAACCGGAGGCGAGGAGAAGGGGGAGAAGGAAGACGAAGAGGAAGCGAGCUGGGCAAGCAAUCGACGCGAGAAGAUCAGAAGGUGGGGGCACCAGAACCGCACUUUAUAUGAUUUCUUGUGGUGGUGGAGAUUUUGACGACUUUCUUGAUGCGUUUUUUUUUGGCCUUCGCUCUUUUGGUACGGUAAUUAGCAAAUUUAUUAGGAGAUGGUUAAAUGCUAUUAUAUACUAGAAGUAGAAAUGAUUUGUCUUAUGAAUGGUUUGCUGAUUGGGAGCUUGGAGGCUGUUUAGAGUUGUACUGGCAGUGACUAACAACCUUCUUCUGCUUGUGUUGCUUAAUUUUGAAGAAAUGGUUCCUUGUGGGGUUUUUUUUCCGAAAAGAUAUGGGCUUAGAGGCGGCACCGCAGCGACGUGAAGUGGGCGGCCGUGACUUACAAACGGCCACAAGAAGGUUCCUGAACGUGUUGCCGCUCAGACGCUCAGCUGAGCGUGACGCCGUCAUUUUCCCCCUUUUUUUCCUUCUUCCUAUUCUUGUUUUUUAUGUGAACCAUAAUUUGUUGCGGUAGAAAUAGGCACAGAUAUAACAUGACUGGAUUAAUAUGCUUUAAUAAUAAGGAAAUUUGAUUUGGAGAUGGGGCCGGAAAUGAUAGAGCAGGAUGGAUGGUAGGAAAAGGAAGGGGAAAUUCAGAAAUUCUCUCAGGCGUAUGGCUAUGGAGUGCCUGUGCUCUGGUGAGCAGUUGAAGGCGUCAGAUGAGACCAUGCGGUCAUCUGAUUCUACGAUCACAAAGGAUUUCUCGGCCAGUGGGUACUCUUCUUGGAAUGGAGAGAUUGAGCAGUACCUUGAUAAUGGCAACAUAGAGGAAGCCGAGUUGUCGCUCCGGGAGGGCAUUUGCCUAAAUUAUGAGGUAAGUUGUUUUCUUUUGUGAAACAGAUUUUGUUAUGGCACCAAGAACAGCUGAAAUAUAUGCUGAAUGUGACUAGGAAAUGCCACCAAUUCAGCUAGUAUGAUUCCUAGUUAAGUCAAUCUUGGGUUUCUUUUGUCAAUUUUACUUCCUUGUGAAGAUUUUUGUACGUAACUAAAAUCAACCUGCAUGCUGAAUGUAUUUUUUUUUCUGCAGUUAGUUGAAUAAAUAUAUGGUUAUUAUCUUUUUCUUCACUAAAAUUAGUUCACUACCUCCUACCUAGGAGUUUAUCCAAGCUAGCCUUUUCUGUACCAGUAUAAGUAUUUCAAGGGAAAUUCUUUCUUAUUUCAAGAGAAGACUUACCAUUUUUAUUACUGCCAUUCUCUUUCUUCGAUUUCGUUAGAUGCCAGAAUGUCAUCUGUUUAAGUUCUAUAUUUCAGCAUUACAUUUGGACCUAGCUGUUUCUAGCUCGACUGACAGCACAUGCUAAACAGGAAGCAAGGGCAUUGCUAGGAAGGCUAGAAUAUCAACGGGGUCAUGUAGAGGCAGCACUCCGUGUCUUUGAUGGGAUAGACAUCUGCAUUAGUUCCUAAGAUGAAAAUCUCAAUUGCUAGAAAAACAGGCCGUGGGAAGACUCAUUCACAGUGGGAUUCCCCACCAAUGCCCUUGCAUGCUGUCAGCCUUCUCAUGGAGGCCAUAUAUCUUAAAGCAAGAGCACUUCAUGAUCUUGGGAAAGAUAAAGGUAAGCAGCACCUUGCUAUCAUGUUGCACACAUUAACAGACUUGCAUUGUGGGUUAGUAAUUAAUUCUAAAAAAACAAUGGACUAAGUACAAAUUUAACUAAAAUUUGUUUUGUUGUUUUGCAUUUGCUUUAGGCCUAAUGAAAGGCAAAACAAUUGUCGAUGUUGUGGGAAAGUUCACCUGGUAUUUUAUUUUUUGCUCGAGCUAACAUUCAAGCUUCUUCUGUGUGUUUAUCCUUGAUCCUUUCUAAUCCUUUUAGUGAUGCAUAUGGGAACGACUAAGUCAACAAAUAUGUGUGCAGGACCCAAUAAGGCAAGAAAACGGCAAAGAGCACAAUAGUUCUCAUAUGCCUAAUUAUUCCCUUGAUUCAUGAUUAUAACUUUGCCUCCUGAUUUAAUGACCCUUUCCUAUCAUUUGAGAUAUACAGGUCACCCUAAGGUAAGAGAGGUAUUUCCUUUAUUGGAGAUUACAAUUUUGCCUCCUGUUCCAUUGGAAAGUAAAGCGACUACGACCUUGAAUUCUUUUUUUGCUGUCAUCAUAUAUUUUUAGCAGGCAUAAAAGAAGAAAGGCCAUUUCUUGUGGAGAUUUAUGCAGAUGACAUAAAUCCAACUACAACUAUAAAAGGGAAGCACUACAUCGGCUCUGGUGUGCUUAACUAUAUCUUUGAUUCGCGAAUAUAGUUUUGUUAUUAAAUUAGUGAAAAUUCAAGCUAUAUCCUUUUGUGCUCUCUGACAUUAUGACAUUUGUUUAGCAAGUACUUUAGUGAAAAGAUUUCACCAUAUGCAUGUCCAUGUUUAUGACAAAUCAUAGUUAUCCGUUACAUUACAUCGAUGUAAUCUUCACACAAAGUCUCAACAAUAUUUGGUUGCUCACUUACACCCCACCCUAGAUUAACAUGUUCUGAAUUUUCUUUGUUCACUGCUGCAAUUGACACAUGCUAAAUGGCAAUUUCUUUAUAAUGAUCCAAUUGAGUUUGUAAUUGCACAUGUUUUUGCCAAGUUUCAUCAAGUACUGCUCCAACAGAACAAGCAAUCAUGGAAUAUUGAGCUAAGGCACUGGAGUCUCAAGAAAAGGUCUAGGAAUCCUAAGAAUGGAUGGAUAACGAUGCUUAAAUAUGGAUGACAUCAUUUAUGUCUUGAUAACCAUCUACAUGCCGGUGAUAAUGUUUUUUGACAUUCAUUCAUGGGGCUCACCUUUCUAAUGUGUAAGAAAGAAAACUACGUUGAUCUUAAUCUGAGUUGUGUGUUGAUGGUUGAUGUAGUAAAGAAGGGGCACUUAGACAUUGUUGUUCAUGGAUUUAUGUACUGCCAACAAACCUUCUCUUCUGAUUCUUAUAGGCGGUGCCUGGCUGUAAUGGCUUGCAUGUAUUUUAUGCAUUGACUACAUGAUAAGAACCGUGCACGUUGUUGAUGGCCCAA